GCCCAACGGGUGAGGGGGGGCUGAGCAGGGUUAGCACUUCCUAACUUGCUUGAAGCAGCGUGACCUGUGACGAGUCACUUUGGUUUGCCUCCUACAUCCCCUUGCGGUUGGCGUCACCAUCUGCGCCUCCACCACGUGAUCUGGGUUGCCGGGGACGUCAGCGGUCCAUUGACAGGAAGUAGAGUUUAGUUCCGGCUGCUGGAGGAGAGCCUCUGCUUUUGCUGUCGCCGCUGUGCUACCUGGUGACAUUAUGGAGGUGCAUGGGCAAGACAUUCUUUUGAAGAAACAGGAAGAGGAAGUUAUUUGGCAAACACAGCCAACACAUGAUGAGGCGGAAUUGGCUUUCCGGGUCUACAAGAUGCUAGAUGGCAAUGAGGCAUUCACUAAUGUAUCUGAAUUCCAUGUAGUACCUGUGCAGGGUGAGGAUGGCUCUAUUGUAAGCAUACAGGUCACAGGAAUACAGCGAGAUGAGGACGAUAGCCAGACCUUGCAGACACAAGUGUUUGAAUUACAGGAUUUGGAAGAAACUUUGCAUCCUCACAUUGAGCAGGCACACCAGGAAGUGAGUGUCCAGUGUGUGAGUUCUUCUGAGUAUCAGCCCGUUCAGGGUGAAGUCAACCAGAGUACAAUCCAGGAAUAUGAAGGCCAGUCGGUAUUAACAGCAGUGCCUGAAGUAACGUCAGAGCCAGAACACUUAAGUACUCCACCAUCUGAAACCACAGAAGAGACUGGAGUGAAGAUGCUGUACCGGUGUGCAGAGUGCUCAUUCACUUCAUGCAAUCUCACGGCAUUGAGGCGCCAUAUGCGGAGGCAUUCCGAUAAAUACAAAUGUCACCUGUGUGAAAAGACCUUUGGUUCCACUACAGAACUUCGCAUCCAUGUGAAUGUCCAUUUGGGGAUUCGGCCUCACAAGUGCAAAGAGUGUGACAUGGCAUAUGGGACAGCAGCAGAUCUCCUGCGCCACACAAGAUCUGCACAUACAUUGGAGAAACCUUUCCGGUGUUGUUACUGCGAUUAUGCAAGUGUGGAGGCAAAUAGGAUGAAAGUACAUAUUCGCUCCCAUACUGGGGAGCGACCAUAUACUUGCAGCUUGUGUUCUUUCGCCACUACUGAUGCCUUCAAGUUGAGAAGACACAUGCGAACACACACGGGUGAGAAGCCCUACACAUGUCAUCUAUGUCAGGCCAAGUUCACACAGAACACCAGUAUGAAAAUGCACAUAUUAAGGAAACAUACAGAGAACGUGCCAAAGGAACAUUGCGCUAUAUGUAACGCUGCCCUGUUUGGGAAGAACGACGUACAGGUUCACAUCCGCAAACAACAUACCUACUUGGAGACGCCGCUGAAGUGUCGCUUCUGCCCUGAAACCUUUCAUGAGCGCUACAUUCUCCGGCAGCAUCAGCUGAGUCACAGAGUUGAGAUGCAAGUAGGAGUUAAAUCUGGGAAAAAUGCCAGGGGCAAUAAGGUGGAUGGACAAGAUUCAGAGACUGAAAAAGAUGGAUUUGCCUGGAGCAUUGUUCCUGCGAAUGGGGAGACGCAGCUGUUUUUGAUUGAUGACGGUGAUCAAUCUGGCACAGUGACUGAAUUACACAGCAUCCCCAUGCAUGCGGAGGAUGGCAGCAUCGUACAAGCUAUAGUUAUGCAGAGCGCUGACCAGGUGGACACUGCAGUGUAUGAAGUGCAGGAUAUAGCACAUGUCUUGCAGCCACUGGUUGUACCUCACGCCUCUGAACCCGUAAUCAUAUCCAUGGACCCUUCCAUUACUCAGCCCACACAAAGUGGAGAGGAGCAGAGUGUGACCCCUGAGUGUGACCUCCAGGAAACAGACACUUCUGAGGCCCAAAUAACGGCGAGGAAGGGAAAGCGGAUUCAGCUAGUCACCCCAGAAGCGCAGAUAGAAGUAAAGCUGCACCGAUGUAAAGACUGUGAAAAGGCCUUUGCUACCGGCAUGGAACUCCUCAAGCACAAAAAAAAGCAUAAAUCCGAAAACCUGUUUAAGUGUCCUUUUUGUGACCAUGAGGUCGCAGAGGCUGCUGAUCUGAUACUUCAUGUUCAGCUUCAUAAUGAAAGUCGUCCAUUCACUUGCGAUCAGUGCAGUUUUGCAACCACUGAUGCCUUCAAACUUUCGAGACACAUGAGGACACAUACAGGUGAGAAGCCGUUCGCAUGUUCUUUAUGUCAGGCUAAGUUCACACAAAAGACUAGCAUGGAGAUGCAUGUUCUGCGGAAACAUACAAAGGAGCUACCCAAACUUCACUGCCCGAUCUGUAACACCAUUCUCACGGGGAAGCACAGUCUUAAGAUUCACAUAAGGAAGCAACACUCCCACUCAGAGACUGAGAUGAAAUGCCGCUUCUGCCCAGAAACAUUUCAUGAGCGAUUUGUCCUCCGGCAGCACCAAAAAACGCACCGGAAUGAAAAGAGUGUAAGGUCUAAUGGAUCAGGGAUCAGCUGCAAACGGAAAAGAGAUAGGAAAGAGACUGGCAUGGAAAAGCAUCAGACACUACAUCUGCUGGAGAAUGAACCAAUGAACAAGACACAAGAGCAGCCAUUUGUAUGGCAAAUGCUUCCUACUGAUCAGGAGACACAAAUCCACUUUGUGAUCAGUGAGACAGAGGACACCAACACUGUGACUGGAUAUCAUGUUCUUCCGAUGCAUACCGAGGAUGGGGGUAUAAUUAGCAUUCAGCUGACAGGGUUGCAGGAGGGGGAGCAGGUAGAUGUUGGUGCACUGGCACAGAUAUUUUUAGCAAAAGAUGUCUGAGAACAGAGUGUGAGAUUGAAGGCACUGCCCAUAUGUACCAAGGUCAGAGGACAUCCGGUGAUCAGCACCCUGUAGACAAGGAAGCAGAAGGCUGUAGGAUUUAACUCUGAACAUCUCCUGCAAGUAGGAGGUGAUGGGACUGCAAACAUGGUAUAUUUAUAGGUAUAAAAUAAACUAUGCAUAUUACUUUUUCUACAACAGUCUCUGAAAAAGUAACUACAUUUCUGUACAUAGUUUUUCUAUUUUUUUGUUCCUGCACCUGUUUGUUUCCUAAAGUUGUAUAAUUUAAAAAACAAACAAAAAAAAAAAACAUGCAAAUGCGGAUUUCUUGCAUUUUCCAUCUGUGGUUUUCAUAUCUGAAAGGGUUAUUUUUGUUUUUACAAGGCAGAAGUAUUCAGAGGAUAGAGAAUUGUUGUAGAUGAAACAUGCAAGCUUUAAAGGUUGUUUGAUAUAAAGGAGCUACUAUUAACCUCACUGCUAGUCUGAGAGCUGGAGGAAAGAUGUGUGUAAAGCUGGGCCAAACAGAAUCACUUCCCACAUUUGGUCACAUGGAUUGGUAGUCUAGUUGUAUAAGAUUUGGAAUCGCGGAUUGCUUAAGUCAAGCUGCCAGAUUUCUUCCAGACCAGUUUGGGCCUGUAAGAAACUAACCAUGCAAUAAUAGUCACUCUUUGACUACAUUUUUGAUAUGCCUUUAUAAGGCAUUAUGCUAGAUUAUAGGCAGCCGUCGUUAUCACACUAUGUGUGCCAGCUUAAAGGUUUCUAUUACUUGACAAAAGUUGAGAUACUUAAAAUUGUACUGUAUUUGCAUUUGCUGUGUAGUUACAUUCAAGCUUUUUCUCUUAUGUCCUAGAGGAUGCUGGGGUCCAUAUUAGUACCACGGGGUAUAAUAGACGGGUCCACCAGGAGCCAUUGGCACUUUAAGAGUUUGAGAGUGUGGGCUGGCUCCUCCCUCUAUGCCCCACCUACCAGACGCCGUUUAGAAAAUGUGCCCGGAGGAGCCGGUCACAGCUAGGGGAGCUCCUAGAGCUUCUUUAGUUUUUUUUUUUCUUUUUUCUAAGAGUUAGUUUAGGCACAGGGAGGCUGCUGGCAACAGCCUCCCUGCUUCGUGGGACUAAGUUGGGGAGUAGUGUCCGCCCUGAGGGGUCUAAGCCACUAUCUCCGCUGACAGGACACUGAGCUCCUGAGGGUGCUGAUUGUUAGCCGCUCCAGGUGACCGAUCACUCCCGCAGCAUGCCGCCACCCCCUUACAGAGCCAGAAGACUUUGGCCCCCCCCCCUGGCAAGCGGGGAGCCAAUGUGAAGAUGGCGGCAACAGGGUAGGGAGCGCAGUACUAACUGCGCUCCGGGGCUCAGUGGUACAUAGUGCGGCGCUGUGAGGGGCGCCCUGAGCCAGCGCCUAGACUUUACACUGGCCAGCAAGCCUGUCGGGGUCCCCGGAUCACUGCCAGCAGACAUCCUCAGGCCAGUAUAAUAAAAUGAAGAGCGGGAAGCAGCACCUUGUUUGGGGGGCAGAGCUGCUCAGAGCAGCUUCAGCGUUCAGCGCCAUUUUCCUGCCUGCAGUUCCUGACAGAUGCUGACAGGGAGAGCUGUCCCUCCAAGCAACUCCAGCUAUCCUGUGCGGUACCAGGGGGUUGUAGAAGUGGUGGGGGGGGGGGCCUGUGUAAAGUCUGUGUAGUCUAUUAAGGCACACAGAUAGCACUGGUAGUUUUAUUAGUUCUACCUCAGAAAGCGCUGUGUGUGGGUUGGCACCAAUCUCUGUGUCUCUCUGGCAUACUUGGUUCCGGUAUGAAUGGUCGACCAUGUUAUGGUCGACCACUAUUGGUCGACAUUGACAUGGUCGACAUGGACACACGGUCGACACAUGAAAAUGGUCAACACAUGAAAGGUCGACAUGAGUUUUUUUUCUUUUUUUGGUGUCGUUUUUUGCAUAAAGUGACUGGGAACCCCAAUUAGUGCACCGUGUCCCCUCGCAUGGCUCGCUUCGCUCGGCACAGAUUACCGUUCCAAUCGUAGUCCACGUGGAUCGUAAAGUAUGGAAAAGUUCCCCAAAAGAAAAAAAAAGUUAAACUCAUGUCGUCCUUUUCUUGUGUUGACCAUUCAUGUGUCGACCAUUUUCAUGUGUCGACCAAUAGUGGUCGACCUAGUGACUGUCGUCCAUAACAUGGUCAACCAUGUGAACGGAUACCGGCAUACUUGGGGGGAAACUGUGUCUGCCAUCUCCCUGUGUGUGUGUUUAAUUUCUCUAACGUCCUAGUGGAUGCUGGGGACUCCGUCAGGACC